CAGGUGCGCUGCAGCUUAUUAAAAUACGAAUUGACGCAAUUCCCUGAGCGGUGCAAUCAUAGGAGCGCAGGCGAGCUCGCUGCAGCAUCACAGAUCGAUCAGGAUGGCCGGAGCCACAGUGAUGAGCGGCGACUGUCAGAAAAUCGGCGGCGCUCAGCUGCGGGAUUUACUCGAGUCCACACGCAGCGUGCUGUUCGACUGUGACGGCGUGAUCUGGAACGGAGAGACCGCGGUCACUGGCGCUCCCGAGGCCGUUCGUGCGCUUAAACAGCGGGGCAAGCGGGUGUUCUUCGUUACCAAUAACUGUACCAGGCCGCGCCAGAGCUACGUGCAGAAGUUCGCGCGCCUCGGGUUCGCCGAUGUAGCCGAACAGGAGAUCUUCAGCUCGGCCUACUGCUCCGCCUCGUACCUGCGUGAUGUGGCCGGCAUCACGGGGAAAGUGUUCGCCAUCGGCUGCCCCGGUGUGCACGAGGAGCUGCAGCAUGCCGGUAUUUCCGUGGUUCAGGACGAAGACGAUGGACCUGACGUCAACAUUUCCAACUGCGCACUGGAUCCAGAUGUGCGCGCUGUGCUCGUGGGCUACGACGAGAAGUUUAGCUUCAUCAAGUUGGCCAAAGCCUGCUGCUACUUGCGGGACUUGAGCUGUCUGUUUCUGGCCACUGAUCCUGACCCCUGGCACCCACUGCGAGGGGGCAGAAUCACACCAGGUUCUGGAAGUCUCACUGCAGCUUUGGAGACGGCCAGCAGCCGGAAGGCCACAGUGAUUGGCAAGCCGAGCCGCUUCAUGUUUGAGUGCAUCGCGAGCCAGUUCGAUUUAGACCCAGCUAGCGCUUUGAUGGUGGGAGAUCGUUUAGAGACUGAUAUAGUCUUUGGUGUCAACUGUGGCCUCUCCACAGUGCUCACGCUGACGGGAGUCUCAACCAUGGAGCAGGCACAGGAGUACAAGGACAGUAACUUGCCUGAAAAGAAAGACUUUGUGCCUGAUUAUGUGGUGGAAAGCAUUGCAGAUUUCUGGGAGGCUUUAGAGGAGUAAAAAGAUUGGACAGGGUGUUUAUAAACUCUGACAAGCCUCCCUGAGUGCACAAGAAACUACACAUUACUGUAUGUCCAGUCUAAAAUCCCAGGGCUGUUGCUCAUGGGUGUUCAGUAUAUUAUGUGUCAUCAUAGUUCAGGUAUGGGCAUAGUUCGGGUAACUCAUCAUUUGUGUAUUUGAUGACAUAAAGUGUAACACCAUGGGCUAAUGAAACACCACAACUUUACCAGUUGAGGGACAUUCGGAGGAUGGUCAUGCACAGUUGUGUAACAAAUACUGGGAGUUCCAGGGAAAGUACUGUUCAUCAAACAUUGCCAAGCUGUAGUUGUUAGAAAAAAUGGCAGAUGUGUUCUUUAGGGCGAUAAAGAAAUGGCAUGCCAUGCACUUAUAAAAAAACAAACUGUAUAUUUGUUGAUAACUUGUGUCUAUUGUGUACUAUUUUCACCAAAAUCAUAUUGCCCACUAAGGAAUUGCUCAUUCAAAAUCAAACUACUGAAGUGUAACUUUUUCCAAAGAAUGUAUUGUACACAAUGGAAAUGGAAGAACCAUGUGACAUUGCUAAGUCCCCAUUAACACACACACCAUGUCACCACUAUGACAUAGCUGCUCUGCCAUGCAUGGUUUAUAUUCCU